AUGUUUUCUUCGGCGGCUUCAGAUCUGGUGCGCAUUCCCCUGGAGCUCUUUACCGCGGUGGCAUCGUACCUGCCCAACUGCGCCAUCAAGAAUCUCCGUUUGACGUGCAGACUCAUACACGAUAGGGCCCCCCUCCGCCUCAACAGGGUCUUCUUGUCACCCAAUCCGCGUAACGUGGAAGUCUUCCGUGCAAUCGCGGACCACGAUGGAUAUCGCACAGACAUCGUGGAGAUCAUCUGGGACGAUACACAGCUGAUGCUAAACGUUAUGGAUCUGCAAUGCGGCCACCCGUGCGUCACGGAAUCAAAUCACCCAGACCUCACUGCGACGAAACAGAGACUCAACGCGCAGCUACCCCUUGCUACCUCCUGGAACUACUACCAAGGUCUUCUCAAGCAACAGGAAGAACGCUUCCCUGCGCUGAAGCGCAUUACCAUCACGCCCGCGGCCCAUGGAAUGCUAUAUCUCCCAACGUAUGAGACACCCAUGAUACGCGCCUUCCAAGCUGGAUUCAACUAUCCGAUCCCACGUGGUUGGCCGAUUUCAGAGCGGCAGGAAAGCUUUCCGUUUAUGUCCGAGUGGGCGAUUAAACCCGAAAAGGACAUCUGGAGGGGCUUCAAUAUUAUUACAAGCGAGCUUGCAACGACGAACCGGGACCACGGCAUCACGGAGCUGAUUCUGGACGUAAACCACCUGUUCACCAGCCUAAAUUUUCACAUCUUCGAGGAGCCAAACACUGAGUACAACAACCUGGUCACUAUACUUCGGCGACUAGGCUUCAGCCGCUUUGACCUCGCUCUUCUCAGUGAAGGGCAACAAGACGAAGGCUGGUCGUCGUUUCGCAGCGGCUACUUGAAGCGCGCACUAAGCGAAGCCUCGGAUAUACAGCACUUCAGUUUACAAAGCCAUGUGGAUCACUUUUCCUUUCAUCAGCCUUGCUCUCUUGACAACUUUGUCCCACUACGCACCAUCUUGCCCGUCGAAAGGUGGCACAAGCUGCGACACUUCGGACUGGUGCAUUAUCUUGUCAAGCAGGAUGACCUGCUUUCCCUUCUUGCGGCACUGCCACGGUCAGUGCGAUCUGUCGAGUUGGGCUUCCUGACAUUUCUCGGCGGCGGCAAUCGGAAUUAUAGGGUGCAUGGCGAUGGGAGCUGGAGGGACCUGUGUGAUGACAUGCACAACAAUCUGGACUGGCGUGAUCGAGCUGUGGGAGAGAGGCCCACGGUCACGGUUCUCUGCGAGCACAAUGCGCUUGUGAUACCCUGGCGGUAUAUCUGGAUACGUACUGCAAUCAGCGAAUUCCUCUACGGCGACGCCAAGAACCCAUUCCGCCAUCCUGGACAUACGCCUGUCCUGGAGAGAGGAGAGGUAGCACGGACACCUUUCAUUCCCGCUCUCGGCUUCGCGCAUAAGAAAGAUCCUGGGGUCAUGAGGCGUGUGGAUGGAAGGAUGCGGCUUUGUUACGAUUGA